AUGGAGCUUGUCGACACUUCGAGAAACGACACUUAUGCUCUCAAACCAGAACCUCGACGUAUCAUGGUCUCCGCUUAUUACCCGGCCAAUUCCAUCAAAAGAUGUCAACCCGUCAUAAUCCCCUACAUGCCUCCUGCUACCGCAGCUGUGUACGACGAGAUGUACGCACCUCUCGGUAUUCCCAAUGGCACUUUCGGCAGUUUUGAACUUUCUACUUGCGCCUUCGACCGCAAAGAUCGCAGUCGUGGCUCUAAUGACUUCCCUAUUGUCCUGUUCUCACCCGGUUUGGGCAAUUCUCGACUUCUGUACGGCGCAAUGGCUCAGUCUAUGGCUAGUCAUGGGUAUGUGGUCAUUACCUUGGAUCAUGCCUACGACGCAAAUAUUGUCGAAUAUCCCGACAAGUCUGUUGCACUGUCUGCCAAUAUCUCGACCACUGAGCAGAUUACACAAGACGUAAUUGUUCGCCAGCGCGAUGUCUCUUUUCUCAUUGAUCAGUUGCAUAAUUGCUCAAUCAGACAACAGCUAUUCCACGACAUUGCAAGCAGAAAGUCUUUGGACAAGAUCCUCAUGAUGGGCCACUCUCUGGGCGGUGCAACAGCUGCAGCGGCAAUGCUAGUCGAUAACCGUAUAGCUGCUGCUGUCAAUCUCGAUGGCACUAUAUUUGGCGACGUCUUGAACGAUGGCCUAGCAUCUCCUUCCAUGAUCAUGAGCCACUCCGGCAAAAAUCUAAGCACUGAUCCUUCUUGGACGCAAGUUUGGCCCAAAGUCACGGGCACUAAACUUGCUGUUACGCUCAAUGGCACGGUUCAUGGUUUCUACUCUGAUCUGCCUUUGCUGGCUGACACUCUUGGGCUUUCGGCGAAGGCUAGUGCGGAGAUUGGACAGCUUCUGGGUGGCAUGGAUGGAGUGACGGUUAUUGAGAAUAUCAAUGCAUUUGUUGGUCAGUUCUACAAGUUUGUGAGGGGCACUUCGAAGGAUUUGCUCCCUGGAGACAUGGCCAAGCAGUUUCCUGAGGCAACGGUGCUUGACAAGCAUGUUUGCAAGUAG